CUGUGGCUGCAAAUGCUGAAACGCACAGAGAGCCACAUGGAUUCUUGAAUUAAAAUUUCUGAAUUUGAAUUCUUGAACUUGCAAGGUCAGCAGCAACCAAAAGACAGUUCUUGAUUUGGAAAUCGGAAGCUUGGGAGAGUAGAAGGAUUGCCCUCGGACCUCUUUUGUGUCCUCGUGUGUAUGGAAUUGCAGGUGCCCGGCACCCCGCUGAGCCUGGUACCCUUCCCACCCCCAGAUCUGGAGGGACCCCAGGGCCAGAGACCGCGCUUCUCCCGACGGGCGGCCGGCCAUGAGCGGGGGAGCCAGCUGAGAGCACGGACGCCCCCCAGGACCCCGGGACUUGACCAGAAGACCGUUCCUCUCCUCCCGUCAGGACUUCUCGGAGACUGCUCUGCCAUGACCACAGCGCGGUACCGGCCCACGUGGGACCUGGCCCUCGACCCGCUGGUGUCCUGCAAGCUGUGUCUCGGGGAGUACCCGGUGGAGCAGAUGACGACCAUAGCCCAGUGCCAGUGCGUCUUCUGUACCCUGUGCCUGAAACAGUAUGUGGAGCUCUUGAUCAAAGAAGGAUUGGAGACUGCAAUCAGCUGCCCGGAUGCCGCCUGCCCUAGGCAGGGCCACCUGCAGGAGAACGAGAUUGAGUGCAUGGUUGCAGCCGAAAUUAUGCAAAGAUACAAAAAGCUACAAUUUGAAAGAGAGGUGCUCCUGGACCCGUGCCGGACUUGGUGCCCAGCGUCCACCUGCCAGGCCGUGUGCCAGCUGCAGGAGAUGGGGCUGCAGACCCCGCAGCUGGUGCAGUGCAAAGCCUGCGACACGGAAUUCUGCUCCGCCUGCAAAGCCAGCUGGCACCCCGGCCAAGGCUGCCCUGAGACCAUGCCAGUCACCUUCCUUCCCGGGGAGACCAGCAGCUCUGCCUUCACGCUGGAGGGGGACGACGCGCCCAUCAAGCGCUGCCCCAGGUGCAAGGUGCACAUCGAGCGGGACGAAGGCUGCGCCCAGAUGAUGUGUAAGAACUGCAAACACGCCUUCUGCUGGUACUGCCUGGAGUCCCUGGACGAUGACUUCCUCCUGAUCCACUACGACAAAGGCCCCUGCAGGAACAAGCUGGGCCACUCCAGGGCGUCUGUCAUCUGGCAUCGGACGCAGGUCGUGGGCAUUUUUGCUGGAUUUGGGCUCCUGCUCUUGGUGGCCUCGCCCUUCCUGCUCCUGGCCACCCCGUUUGUCCUUUGCUGCAAGUGCAAGUGCAGCAAAGGCGACGACGACCCGCUGCCCACCUAGAGGAGGCACGACACUGGGACGAGACCCUGCUCCGGGAAGCGCGGUCCUCCCCGCCCCCACCCGCCGCCCCCGCUCACCAAACAUCUUUCUUGCCUUACGUGCCCCAUCGAGCUUCACAGUGUCACGCCGGAUGCCGUGAUUUCAGGGACCAAUGUCAGACCGUUUGCCCAGGCCCGGGACGCCAUCACAGGCGUGGGGAGGGCGAGGCUGGCGUGGGUGGGGCACGUCCCGUCCCCACAGAAUCGGUCUCUCCAGACGUAAGCAGGGAGGUGCUGUGCGGAGCACCGCGGGCAGUCUUCUCCCAGUGGCGGCUGCUUCGGAGAGCUUCUUGUGCAGAACGUGGUCCGUCUCCUCCUUGGCAUCCCGCUGGCGCCACGUUGCCCAGAGAAGAAGUCUUUUAAGGAUCGCGUCUCACUUCAGACCAAGUCCGAGUGUUCUGACUUGAGAAAAGCACUCUGGAUAUGACAGCUCUUUUUAUUACUAAUGGCAUUUAGUAAAAUCCUUUUUCGAAGGCAUCUUUUUUUUUUUUUCCAACUGAGAAGUGAAAAAUCAACAAGGUGCGUCUAAACCAUCCUAUGCCUUUCUUGAAACGUGUAUUUGGGGGAAGCUGUUGUUAAAUGGCCUUUCCGGCUCGGCCGCCUUCCAGGAGAUUUAGAAAGCCUUAUGUGCUCUUUGUGUUUUUCUUGAAACUUGUAGACUUUUUGGACGCUGCCCGUGGUGGGACUGCUACAAACGCGGUUCCUGGAGCGUUGCGUCUCCUUGAGAAUCCUGAGUGUUUAAAGAAACAUCUCCAUCCUUAGAUCUGCCUUUUGUUUUUCUCUCUCUGGUGAUUCAGCUCAGCUCCCAGGGCUCCCUGUCUUCUCAUCCAGGUAUCCGCAAAUAUUUUUUUUUAAUGUCUUCAGAAGCUAAAUGUUUUACUUGGACACAGUUCUGUUGAGACUCACUUUGGUUUGUUGGCCUGUAGCGUCAGUCUCCGCCCGCGGACGCUACCCAGCGAGCAGUGAUGUUGAUGCCAGGGGGGCAGGGCCUCCCCGGGGCUGAGGGAGAAGCUUCUGGGUUUCGCAGUUUUUGUAAUGAUUGAGUUACUGUGGAGAAAUCGUCUGUCCUACACACCCCCCAGUCUAGUUGCUCACCAUGUCACCCCUGCUGGGGGGGAAGGAAAACAACUUCCAUUUCAUUUGUGUUGAUUGGGGUCUUAACCUCUUGGCCUUGGACAGGCUGUGUGUGGCUGUUACCGUGCCAACAGGAUGCCCGGUUCAUUAGGCACAUGGUUCUCCAUCAGUCGACUUUGAAAGGCGGGGAAAGUGCGUUCUUUACAGAAAGUUGACUUUAAUAUGGUUUUUAAAGCCACACGUGCUUUUAAAGGGCAAAAUGAUUGCAUCCAACUUGCGACUUCUAAAACUAGUACAAAGGGGAGUGGGGUAGAUGUAGUAUUGCAGUGGGACUUUUGAAGAGCUUAUUAAGCAUUCCACAGAGGAGUGAAGUGAAAACAGCGCCUGGCUUCUGCCUCAGUUCUGUGUUACAAGCACGUUCGUGCCGCGUGGCGCUGUUCUGUGUCUCCCACGUCUGCAUUUGGGGAUCCGUCUCAGGUCCUGGUGAACCUGCCCGUAUAGAAAUGUCUCUAUUUCUUCACACUUAAUAGGUUAGGAGAAUCAGGGUCACCCUACUCUUCCCCUUGAAACUGAAGCCAUUUAGGAAGCCAGUCUGUGUCCAAAUUUUGUGCAAAAUAUCUUCCUUAUAGUUGCAGUUUAAAAGCUCGGCCACUGAGGGAAACCAUGCCUGAGGCCAGCUUUCUGGAUGGCCCCCAGGCCCUGAGUCCCUGUUGCUGCAGAGGAUGUGAUGGAGGGAGGAUGGCUUUUCUAGAGAGAGUCACAGCCCCGUGAGGUCAGAAGGUGAGGUCGAUGGCCCAGGCUGGAGACCUCAUUUGUGACUUGUGAGUACGUGUAUCUCCCAGCGUCUUUUAAAAUUCCUAAGGAAGACGGCAGGCUGGUGGCCCGUGUCCAGUGGUCCACAAGGCAGGCCUUCACCUGUCCCAGGCCAUCCUGCCUGGACUCGCUGCUGCCCACUGCCAGGUCCGUACAGCAGUACCCCUUCCUGCAGGGCGGGGACCAGAGCCUUUGGAAAGCUUGCAUCCGUUGGGCCAGAGCUCAGACCCCUUUAUCCCUAGUGGCUGGGCUGUCCGUCUCCUGGAGGAGUCCAUGGGCAAUCAUGCACAUCACAGCACCGACCGUCUCUGUGCCUUCACCCCGACACCUUCACAGCACGUGGUUUGACCCAGGUAGGGACCACCGAGAUUCUGGGGCCAGGCGAGGCUGAAGGAGCGCCUGCUCGCCCUGAGUUUUUGCAUCACACAUGGCCCGGCGUGCUCAGUUGGAUUCUGUGAUGACAAAGUAAGACUGUCCGUUCCCUGGAAGGACACCAGUAGGACCACACUGAGAUCUGCACAUAAACCUGCGUGUCCCCCAUCUGACUUCUUUUCUUUCCGUGAGGAAUACCAUCCCCUUAGUUCACGGGGACGCAUGUGGACCAGGCUUGAUGUAAGGUGUAAACGGGACGUGGGAAGAUGGCCCGUGUUUUGGGUUUUGACCUGCCUGUCAGUCCCAGGAAGACCCGGGGGCUUGAUGCUGAGGAGACAGACCUGUUCCUGCUGUUCAGCGUGGUUUGUCUUCUUUGAAAAUGACACGUUUAAAGAUGGUUUUCACGCUGACCCUCUGGAAGCAUGUGUCUGUCUAUUCAGUUCGAGGCCUCUAAAUCCCAGGGGGGAGGGGAGAAGGAACCCGGAGAGGGACCAUGGCCGACUCUGCCGCUGUCUGGGUGGGGUGCUGCCAGAGGGCACGCUGACCGGUAGGUGGUCUAGUCCCUCGGUAAUUGACCACAUUGGGCGGUCUCACCGGCUGUGCCUGCCCUCUAGGCUGGGCUCUGGCGUGCCUCCUUUAGCCAAGCUCUGCCAUCGUCACGGGCAUCACUGUACACAUCCACGUGGCAGAGACUGACCUAGGACUUGAGCACAAACAGAACCUUCGGUAGACGGACUGCUGUCCAAAGCAGCGCUUCCUCCAGUAGCCGCAGGCUGAGGAACCAAGACCUGCCACCUCUGGCAUCUUUUUAAAGGGGAGCAAGUUCUCUUGACAGAGUACUGUUCCAUCAGACUGUUUCAGGACAGGCCAGCUCCUGACUAGAGCGUGGCCCACGGGGAGGGGGUUAUCACAUACGCAAAAGUUACUCCGGGACGAUUUUAUCUUUCUCACCUGCAUCACAAAGGUUAGAAAUCAUUCAGCAGGGAAGAAGAGGGCACUUUCCCUCGGUCAUCUCCAAGAACCAGAGGCUCGGAAAGAACCAGGGUGGCUUUUUGCGCAUUUCUCAGACUCUUGCUUAUUAAUAAACACCCCGUGCGUGUGUAUAAAUCACAGUGAAGUCAUCGAGGGAAACCUUUUGCAUGUAUAAAGCUUCCUGAAGGUCUCUUUUAAAAAACACCAAAGCUUGUGUAUUCCUUCUCAUUAACUCUCAAAACUUCAUGAAAAUAAACAAAGCAAAGAGUUAUGACCGGUCUUGUCAAAAAUGCCGGAGGGAAAGAAGGAGGUGCAUUGAAGGAGAAUGCGUGCGUCCUAACCAGGAGAGCCUGCCUUUGGGUGUGUGAAGCCCGUGGUCUCCCCCAUCCGUGGUUUGCAUAAUCCUGUCUUCCGCGAUUCCGGCAGCCGUCAGGAAGGCGUGGGGACCCGACCUUUCCUUCAUUCCGCGCUCAUUUUACUGUGGGUGUAUUUUAAUCUUGUAUAAAAAUAUGCAUGAAUGAGUCAUGCACAUGUAUGCAUUACGUAUUUGACAAGUGGUGGUAAAGACAACAACAAAAAGACAAAAGUUUGAUUUCUGUUUUUGAAAUGUCAGUACAUUUUUGUGCCACUAACACUGUGAUGUAUAAUAGAGCUGUUUGAAUGCCUUUUAAUGUUGUGUUUUGUACUUGGGAAUCAUAUGGAAAAGUCUGAUUUGUAAUUUCAAUACAUAUUUUAAGUGUACUGCGUCUUAUGUAGUUUGUCCCCCCUUUAGAAGGGAUUUCUUUUUAAAGCUAUUUUGGCUGGAAUACAGGUUACUUUUGUAAA